UUCUGUCGAUUUAUAUUUAAAAAAAAUGUUUCUGUUGGUUUUAACCGACAAUAAUGAAAAAUUUCGAACAUAAUACCCCCUCCAUCUCUUCUUGCGCCGGUGCCUUCUCCCUUCCCCCAUAUUACCCCUUUUCUCCUCCCUGCAUUUCCUUCUCUUCCCUUCUGUGCUCAUUUCCUUCUCCCUUCCCACUUCCUUCCCCCUUUUCUCCCCUCCCUUUCUUCUACCAGGUUCAACACUUGCAGUUUAUUGGGUUACAACCAUGAAAUCGUUAGAUACAGAUGCAGCAACAUACAGUUUGGAGCAUAAGAUGUUGGACCAAGGAGUGCAGGUCCUCUCUGAAAAUGGCCAAGAAACUUUAAAUACAGCUCUCAAAGCUGAUUUGGUUGUAUUGAACAUCGCAGUUUCUGGGAAAUGGUUGGAGGUUGUUCUUCGGGAAAAUGUUCCCCGUGUUCUCCCAAAAGUGUUGUGGUGGAUUCAUGAAAUGUGUGGCCAUUACUUCAAAUUGGAUUAUGUUAAGCACCUCCCACUUGUUGCAGGUUCUAUGAUAGAUCUCCAUUAUCAUAGAUCUCAUCAAAUGCAGUGAAUGCAGGAGAUAUGGAAAAUGCAAAAAGUGCAGUGAAUAUGGAAAAUGCAGAAAGUGGUUGUUUAUUUUUUAUUUAUUAUUAAUAUCUUUUCUGUCAGUUUUAUCGGACAAGAAUGAUUUUAUUUAUUUUUAUUAAUACAUUUUCUGUCGGUUAAAUUCGACAGAAGUCUUGUUGGUUUUAGCCGACAGAAAUACUGUUAUUUAUUCAUUAUUAAUAUAUUCUCUGUCGGUUAUAUCCGACACAAUUUCUGUCCGUUUUAGAGUAUUUUUUGUCGAAAAAUUCAUUU